AUGACAGUCGCGCUGAGAUUCCACGCUGUUGCCCGUCGAUCGGGCUUGUCCUGGGGUAGCUAUACCCUGCGGCGCACGGUGCCAGGACGGAGCUAUUCCACUGCAGUUCCCGCUGAUGGAUCAUUGCCUUUGGCUGGUAUUCGGGUGCUUGAUAUGACGCGUGUUCUGGCCGGUCCUUAUUGCACCCAAAUCCUAGGUGAUUUAGGAGCGGACGUCAUCAAGGUUGAACAUCCUGUACGCGGCGACGAUACUCGAGCCUGGGGUCCGCCGUAUGCGCCGUAUGAAGAUGCUUCCAAGAAAGGACCUGGCGAAAGUGCCUACUAUCUGGCUGUCAACCGGAACAAGAAAUCUCUUGGUCUCUCCUUCCAACACAAGUCGGGCGUCGAAAUUCUACACAAGCUUGCAAAGGAGUGCGAUGUCCUAGUCGAGAACUAUCUCCCUGGAGGUCUCAAAAAAUAUGGCAUGGACUAUGAGACAUUGCGGGAAAUCAAUCCUAAGUUGAUCUACGCCAGUAUCACCGGGUAUGGCCAGACAGGCCCAUACAGCAACCGAGCAGGCUACGACGUCAUGGUGGAAGCCGAGAUGGGAUUGAUGCAUAUCACCGGUGCCCGGGAUGGCGCACCAGUGAAGGUCGGUGUUGCCGUUACCGAUCUGACCACGGGACUGUACACAUCAAAUGCCAUUAUGGCGGCUUUGAUUGCUCGGGGUCGCACUGGGCGGGGUCAGCAUAUCGAUGCUUGCUUGAGUGACUGCCAGGUCGCUACGCUAUCAAACCUGGCGAGCUCUGCGCUUAUCAGUGGCAAAAAGGAUUCAGGCCGUUGGGGCACAGCACACCCAUCCAUUGUGCCUUACAGGAGCUAUAAGACCCUCGAUGGAGACAUUCUCUUCGGCGGUGGCAAUGACAGACUGUUUGGUGUGUUGAGUGAUCGAUUGGGCUUCCCUGAGUGGAAGACAGACCCCCGCUUCGUCACCAACAGUGACAGAGUGCAACACCGAGCUGAAGUUGACGGUAUGAUCGAGAGCACCACGGUUCAAAAGACCACACAGGAAUGGCUGGAUAUCUUUGAAGGCAGCGGUAUGCCCUAUGCAGCUGUCAACGACAUUCAGGGAACCCUGAACCACAAGCAUGUUUUGGCGCGAGAUAUGGUCACAGAAGUUGACCACCCUGCAUGUGGCCCCAUCAAGCUGGUCAACACACCUAUCAAGUACUCUGAGGCGAAGCCGGGUGUGCGCACACCUCCUCCCACUUUGGGCCAGCAUACAGAUGAAAUCUUGGGUAGUGUCCUUGAUUAUGGAGAGGCAGAUAUUGCCCGUCUUAAGGAACAGGGAGUCAUCUCCUGA